UUACAGGUCACUCAGGGUGAGCCCCAGAAGUCAUGUUCCAAGCCUGUAGCAGAGAAAGUCACAGAGAGCUGCCAGCAAAUUUGCCAGUGCAGGCCACCUCCACCAUUACCACCGCCUCCUCCACCUCCACCGCCCCCGAGGUUGCUAGCGGUGCCAACUCCCAAAUCUACCUUUUGUCCCACUGAAGAGACCUGGUGGCCAGGCCUGGUUAUUAUCAUUGCAGUAUGCUGCGCCACACUAGUGUUCCUCUUCGUAGUUGUCAUCAUUUGCUACAAAGCCAUAAAAAGGAAACCAAUGAGAAAAGAAGAGAAUGGAACCAGUCGGGCUGAAUAUGCAAUGACCUCCUCCCAAAACAACAAAACAGUUGAUAACAAUGCGGUCGUAUAA